UAUCUCUUCUUCUGAAAAGCUCAUGAGUACAAAAAAUGGGCAGGCAUUAAUUCAAGAAAUUUCUCAUAACUUAGCUAAAUCCGCUACUCCUUUAUCUAUUCAGGAGAAUGAUUCCAUAUGCGCAUUGUCUCCCAACCCUCCAGAAAUUUCGCUUAUCUCAGGUCGUCCAAAUCAUGUGACCAAAAUCUCUGAAACCAUAGCCAAUUCAUCCUUAUCAGCCAAUGAAGAGGAAUAUAUAAAAAUGCUCACUGAGGGUAUUGAUAAUAAGACUCUUUAUGGGAGUACAUCAUACGAGAAUGAGGCUAAGAUUAGAGAAAGAAGAG